AUGACCCACAUCAAAACGCGUCGCAGAUCCUCUAACUUAAAUGCACAUCACGAGUACGGAUUACGACUAAACGAGGCUCUGCAAGAAGCACCGGAUUCUGAAAAGUUAUUGAAUCUGAGAAGCAAAUGGGAUAAUAACGAAUAUAGGGAUGAUUGGGCACGUUACAAAGAUUUGCUAGAUGAUAGAAAGGCCGAUACACGAACUGAAACUGAAACUACUGUUGACUAUGAUGGUAGCAAAAAGUUCGUGUCUUUGGUAGCGCCUUUAGUUGAAAUCGCACUGGGAAAAGAGAAUAUAAGCAACGAAGAGAGAUUCGAACUUAUUGCUAAUUUUAGAAAUUUUAGUUUAGCCUUUUACGACAUCAUAGAUAUCACGCCAGGCUCAAACAGUGAUUUUAUACUAUCACUACCAAUUGAUGUGGCGCAGGAAUUGAGGCAGUCUAAAUCAUUUCCCAAACCUCAUAUGGAAAAUGAACUUCUUGAAAAGAGUUUGACUGAUCUGAAGUGUUACAUUGCGGAUGCAUGUACCCGUACACCAGAUAGUGAUGAGG